ACGCCACUAGCGCACUAGCCCACUAGUGAUCUACCAGUCGCUGCCGACUUAUUGUAGAGUACGGGCGUCUUGGAUCUUAUCCUUUUGUGUGAUACUGUUUGAUCGUUCAUUAACGUCAGCUACUAAUAUUUUCACAAUGGGUCACGAAGGAGAAGUUACUCUUAUUCAGAAUUCUGAUGACUUGAAGAGCAAACUUCAAGACGCAGGCGAUAAGUUGGUUGUUAUCGAUUUUUUUGCCGUAUGGUGUGGGCCGUGUAAGAUGAUUGGGCCAAUGGUUGAAGAAUUGUCAAAGGAAAUGCAGGACGUUGUUUUCCUUAAGGUCGAUGUGGACGAAUGUGAAGAUGUAGCUGCUGAGUACGAGAUUUCCAGUAUGCCUACGUUUAUUUUUAUAAAGGAAGGCAAAGUGUUGGAGAGCUUUUCCGGCGCUAACAUUGAAAAACUUAAAGCUACGAUUCAAAAGCAUAAAUAAAAUGUCACAAAUGUUUAAUCGUAUUACAUACUUAAAAACUGUAAAAGUGACAUAUUGUAUUAGCUAUAAUUACUCUAUCUUAUACAAAUAAUAUAGAAUGGCUAUAUAUUUAAAUAAAAAAUAAUUUGCGAUAUUUACAUUAUACACACAUUGAAAAAGAUUGAAGCAGUUAUUUUUUAAUAAUGGAAACAUUAUUUCUAUGGAUUUUGUUUUACAAAAAUGUAUACCUGAAUUUACAAAUAUAGAAGAAAUGAUUAUAAAUCAAAA